AUGUGGCUGGAAGAUUCUCAGAGUAAACGUGAGUGCAGCCGACACCCCAAGCUGAUCCCCUGGGCCUUUGCUGCUGUUUCCAUUUUACUUCUCGGUGCUUGUUUUAUUGCAAGUUGUUUGGUGACUUACCGGAUUUUACAUUUCAAGAAGAGAAUGGAAGUGGCCAAGGUAUCAGACUACCAUACAGAGCUAACAUGCAUCAGAGAAGAGCCAGAACUGGGAGGCAGAGGUGGCUGGAACUGCUGUCCUGUCAGCUGGAAAGCCUUCCAGUCUAACUGCUAUUUUCCCCUUAAUAACAACCAGACCUGGGAUGAAAGUGAGAGGAACUGUUCCAGCAUGGGGGCUCAUCUGGCGACCAUCACCACAGAAGCGGAACAGAACUUUGUGACUCAAUUUUUGGAUAGACGAUUUUCAUAUUUCCUGGGACUUACAGAUAAGAAGAUGGAAGGUCAGUGGUACUGGGUGGACCAGAUGCCAUUUAACCCACACAUGACUUUCUGGCAUGAUGAUGAACCCAACAACUUUCUGGAAGAAGACUGUGUUAUCCUUGUUAACAACCAAGAUAAAUGGGCCUGGAAUGACUUUCCUUGUCACUUUGAGGCAAGCAGGAUUUGUAAGUCACCUGGAGUAACAUUCAGCUGGAAACCUAGGAAGUGAUCCCCAUGAGGGAGAUAGUAAAGAGCCUGUCAGACUAGGGGCUAAUGAGUAGGCAUCAUUGAAAUGGAGAAUGUUUU